AUGGCGACAUACAAAUUACAUUAUUUCAAUCUUCGUGGUCGUGGAGAAGUAGCUCGUCUAAUUUUUGCUGCUGCUGGUCAACAAUUUGAUGAUAUUCGAUAUGAACGAGCCGAGUGGCCAUCACACAACGCCGAAAUGCCUCUAGGUCAAAUACCCGUACUUGAAUUUAAUGGAGUCAAAUUACCACAAUCGUUAGCAAUCGCUCGAUUUCUUGCCAAACAAUUUCAAUUUGCAGGCAAAGACAAUUUGGAACAAGCAAAAGUAGAUGCUGUCGCCGAUACGGUAGCUGAUCUCAUGGCUAAAUACGGUCCAACAUACAAGGAACAAAUGGAAACCAAAAACCAAGCAUGUAUACAGAAGUUUUUAGCUGAAGAGUUACCUCGACAUCUGACAAAUCUAGAAACCUUAGGUCAAAUGUACAGUGAUGGUGGUUACUUCUUUGUAGGCAAUCAUCUCACAUGGGUCGAUUUAUUUCUAUACGAUUUACUUGAAACUAUUCGUCAACAUGAUGAUCAUAUUCUUGUUAAAUAUUCAUGGUUGAAACACAAUCAUGAAGAAGUUGAAAAACAACCGAAAAUUGCAGCUUAUCUCAAGAGUCGAACUCAAACACCCGUUUAA